AUGGCUGCAACUUUGGUUAUGUAUGUCAUGAUCUGUUUAGUUUUUGGCUUUCUCAGCUCUCCAAUAGCUCAAGCAGGUGAUCCUGAUAUAGUCACUGAUUUUGUUAUCCCCGCAAAUGCAACCCUUGAUGGGUCAUCAUUCACCUUCACUGGAAUACGAAAUUUGUAUGCAACUGAUCCCCCACCCACCUUCAGGGUGACAAAAAUUGGCAUGAAAGAAUUCCCUGCCUUGAAUGGACAAAGUGUUUCCAUGGCUAUUCUUGAUUACCCUGCCGGUUCAGUUAACCCUCCUCACACCCAUCCUCGCUCUGCCGAGCUCCUUUUUGUCGUUGAAGGUAGCCUCGAUGUAGGUUUCAUUGACACCACUAACAUGCUCUUUACCCAAACACUCCAACCUGGAGACAUGUUUAUUUUUCCCAAAGGUCUUGUUCAUUUUCAAUACAACAAGAAUGCCACAGAACCAGCUGCCGCUGUUUCUGCAUUCGGUAGUGCAAAUGCUGGAACAGUGUCAGUUCCUAUGAGUGUGUUCGCCACAGGUAUCGAUGAUGCAAUUCUUGCUGAGUCGUUCAAGACAGACGCUGCUACCAUUCAAAAGAUUAAAGCUGGUCUUGCACCAAAUCCCAAAGCUUAA